AUGGCACCUGAACAACAACGACCACCGAGAAUUCUAGCUUGUGUGCUGUGUCAACAGCGCAAGAAGAAAUGUGACCGAAAAAGUCCAUGUUCUUUUUGCAUCAAGGCGAAAAUAGAAUGUAUUCCGAGUACACCUGCUCCUAAGCGUACUCGUCGCAAACCUACUAAGGAGUUACUUGCGCGACUGGAGAGAUGUGAAGAGCUGUUGAAGAGAUGUACUUGUGUGCAGAAGAGUUUGAUGUACGAUGCGCUGGCUACGGGGACAGGGAGCGAGUCGAGCAGUCCUGCUGAUAGCAAUUCGAGCCCGCCGCCUGAGAGUGAGAAGACGUCGAGUUCUGAUGGGAGGUAUCAGGCUGUGUAUGGUUGA